AUGGCCGACAUGGAGGGUUCCGGCGAGGAGGUUGGCGCUCCUCAGCAGCAUGCAGCGGUGGAGGAAUCGUUGGGCGGGGAGAAGACAACGUCGCUGAUGAUCGACGCGAAGAUCCAGACGGACGUCGAGCGCGCCGCCGAGUCCGACCCGCCUGCCGGCGCAACCGGCAAGAAGAAUCGCAUGCCCCCCGAGCUCGUCAGUCACAUCCUGGGCAUGCCGAUAGACAAGCCCGACGACAUAGUCAUGCCCUCCUUCCUCAAGGGCAACAAGGACAUGGCGGAGGCCCUGGGAGUGACGGAGGAGUGGCUCGAGGAGACGUACAGGGAAGCCGACCUCCUUGUCCAGAGGCUCCAUGCCAAGUUCCUCAAGUACCAGGUAGAGAUCCGCGACGAGCUGUUUGAGAAGGGCUACGUGGAGGUGGACGACGACUACUUCGAGCGCCAGGCCGAGAUCGCGGAGAAGGAGAGGGCGAGGUGGGAAGAGUUGGAGAAGAAGCGAGACCCCACUCUCACAUACGCGGACUACAGCGAGUACGAUAUUCCGUAUGACUACGAGGAGCAGGCGAGGCGCCUGGUCGCUCUGUGA